AUGUCCUCUGUUCAUGAUAGCUCACCAUUGAGGAAUUCCGAAGAAUGCAUCCCUGUUGAUGGACAUAUGACUGUAAAUCAUAGAACUACUAGAGGAAGAAGUAGUUCUUCCGUGGGGAAGAUAAACCUUGGUGAUACUGUGCAUGGUUUUACAGAAAGUGCUCAAACUACUAAAGCUACAGGUCCUGCCGAACAAUAUGAGAAACUGAAACCGUUAAAACAAAAAUCCUCUCUAGAGUCUUUUAUACAGCUUCAUUCACAACAUUAUUGGAUCACACCAUUGAUUAUCGUUUUGAUUGUGUAUUUGGUUUAUUUCUCUCUGGGGCCUAACUCGAAAGAUAAUCCCUUACACAUGUUUGUCGGUGUAUCCUACCAAAUUGAAGAAACGGAUCAAUAUGGUAAAGGUAUUAAGGAUCUUUGCUUUGUUUUCUUCUACAUGAUAUUCUUUACAUUCUUAAGGGAAUUUAUGAUGGAUAUGGUAAUUCGUCCAAUUACCAUCAAGUUAAAUGUUACUUCGGGCCAUAAAAUGAAGAGAAUAAUGGAGCAAGCGUUCUACAUCAUCUAUUAUGGGAUAUCUGGUCCUUUUGGAUUAUAUAUCAUGUAUAAUACCGAUUUGUGGCUCUUCGAAACAAAAACCAUGUACCAAACUUAUCCCGAUUUUAAUAAUACUUUCCUUUAUAAAUUAUUCUAUUUAGGACAAGCUGCAUUUUGGGCACAACAGGCAUGUGUUCUUGUCUUACAAUUGGAAAAGCCAAGAAAGGAUUUCAAAGAAUUGGUGUUUCACCAUAUUGUGACGCUACUGCUGAUAUGGUCAUCCUACACUUUCCAUUUUACUAGGAUGGGGCUUGCUAUUUAUAUUACCAUGGAUGUAUCAGAUUUUUUCCUUGCUUUAACAAAGACUGUGAAUUAUUUAGAUUCUAAGUUUACACCUCCAAUAUUCUUCACCUUCAUUGUUGUUUGGAUUUAUUUGCGCCAUUAUGUAAAUAUCAAGAUAUUAUGGUCAGUUUUAACUGAAUUUAGAACUGAAGGUAAUUAUGUUCUAAAUUUUGCUACACAGCAAUAUAAAUGUUGGAUUUCAUUACCCAUUGUGUUCACAUUAAUUUUUGCACUACAGGUGGUCAAUCUCUACUGGUUAUUUUUAAUAUUUAGAAUCCUAUACAGGUUAAUUUUUACAGGUGUUCAAAAGGAUGAAAGAAGUGAUAGCGAUAGUGAAAGUGAAUGUAGUAGUGAAAGUGGACAUGUUAAUGAGAAAGAGGCCGAAUCAGAAGUAAAACGGGAAGAAGGGCUUUCAUAA